AUGACAGAAGCAGAGGUGAGAAAGAGAUUUGAAGAUGGUAUGCUGCUAGCCGUGAAAGUAGAGGAAGAGGUCACAGGCCAAUGGAGGGAAUGGGAGCAGAGAAAUCAAGAAGUCCAGCAAGAAGAUGAUCUCUUUUCUUCAGGCUUUGAUCUUUUGGGGGAGCCCUACAAGACAAACAAAGGUGAUGCACUUGCCAACCGAAUUCAGAACACACUGGGAAACUAUGAUGAAAUGAAGGAUUUGUUAACUAACCAUUCUAAUCAGAAUCAUUUAGUGGGAAUCCCAAAGAAUUCUGUGCCCCAGGCUUCCAUCAACAAAAACAGACCAAGUAUUUUCCCAGAACAAAAGAACCAAAUGAUUCCACCUUACCAGGAUAACACUCACCCCCCAGCACCAAUGCCUCCACCUUCUGUUGUGAUACUGAACUCAACUCUAAUACACAACAGGAAAUCAAACCCUGACUGGCCACGAGGUAGUCAUAACACUAGCAUUCUACUGGCAACCCAGGCAGGUAGUCAGUCAAACAAGAUGCAGCCAUCUUCACAGGACCAGCCCCAAGCUAGAAUGGAAGACUUCUUUGUUGACCCAGCUGAACAGCCUCAAGUUGGAACAGUUGAAGAGUCAAACCCAUCAGCAAAGGAAGACAGUAGUCUCAAAUGCAGUGCAGGUGAUACAUUCAAAGAAAUAUUUCAAUCCAACUCACCAGAAGAAUCUAAAUUUUCAGUGCAAGCACCUGGGUCUCCUUUAGUUGCAUCCUCUUUAUUGGCUCUCAGCAGUGGCCUUUCAGUUCAAAACUUCCCACCAGGGCUUUACUGCAAAACAAGCAUGGGGCAACAAAAAUCAACUGCAUAUGUCAGACCCAUGGAUGGCCAGGACCAGACACCAGACAUCUCUCCAUCACUGAAACCUUCUAUUAAAUUUGAUAAUAGCUUUGGAAAUCUGUCAUUUGGAUCCCUCUUGGAUGGAAAACCCAGUACAACCAUUUCAAAGACUAAACUACCAAAGUUUACACUUCUCCAGACAAGUGAAGUAAGCUUGUUUUGUGUCCCAUCAUGUAUUCAGGAAGCCCUGAGAGAGAUGACACAUUCCUGGCCUACUCCUCUCACUGCCAUGCAUACUCCUGGAAACUCAGAACAGUACACAUUUCCCAUGCCAGCACAGGAAUCUCAACAUCUGACUCCAGGUUUCACAUUACAAAAGUGGAGUGACACAACCAGAAAAGCUUCUACAAAGAUGCUUGAGGAUGACCUGAAGCUGAACAGUGAUGAAGAUGACCUUGUGCCUAUGAAGACCUUGACCACUCAGUGCACUGCCACUAAAUUCUACCAGGCUGUUGAAAAGGCAAAACCUAAGAAUAAUCCUAUGAACCCUCUCUUGGUGACACCUCAGCUCCCACCUGAAGUGCAAGCCAAUGGGGGAUUUCUCAGCUCCAGUGAUUCAGAGAGCAGCUCAGAGUCAGACUCAGAUACUGAAAGCAGCACCACAGACAGUGAAUCCAAUGCAUUGCCUUGUGUGGCCAUUCCAGAGCCUGAGCCUCCCACAACCAACAAGUGGCAGUUGGAUAAAUGGCUUAACAAAGUGACAUCCCAGAACAAAUCACUUAUUUGUGGCCAAAAUGAGACACCCAUGGAGACAGUUUCUGUGCCUCCUGCAAUCAUGCAACCAAUGGAAGUCCAGGUCAAAGUGAAGACAACCCUCAGCCAGGUACUGGCUCAACCUAAAGAGAGGCCUCUCCUCAGUCUCACCAGGGAGAAAACCCAUCCACAGCACACCCAAAAAACUCCAGAUGCAAAGGCUUUGAAGCAUAAGUUGUCAGAAAUUAUUGAGACAGCUUCUCAAAGGACAAUUGGGAAAAAACAGCCCCAAAAGUUCAAGAAUAAUACCAGCAUUGAUGGGUUUACCUGGCCCAAACCAAAUAUUACUAGUAGCACUCCCAAAGAAAAAGGAAGUAUGGAGCUUCCUGGUGUACAAAGAAGCCGCAACAAAGCUACUGCCCACAAACCAGUUCCUAGGAAUGAACCAAGGUCUAAUAUCCCAUUGGCCACUGAGAAGACGAAAUAUAGAGGGCUUGGAAAAAUUGUCCCAAAGUCCUGGGAAUUCAUUGAAACAGAUUCAUCUACAGCUGAUUCUAACACGGAUCAGGAAGAAACCCUAAAGAUCAAAGUCCUGCCUCCUUGUACUGCUCCUGGGGGCAAUUUAGCCAAAUCCAAGAAAACAUGUGGUGCUAGCCUGACCCUCAGCACCUUAAUCAGUAGCAGCAGCAAUAACAAUUUAUUCAUCAAUAAUGAUGAGCCAGCUUUUUCACCCACCCCUGUCAUGCAGACUGAGCUUCUAUCCCCUCUACAAGAGCAAGGGAAUCUGAAAAAUCUCUGGGUGAAGAUUGAUCUCGACUUACUAUCUCGAGUGCCUGGCCACAACUCUCUCCAAGCAUCCCCAUCCAAGUCAGAAAACAAGGAGACUGCCUCAAAACCCAAGUGCCAGAUUACUGGGGCAAAUGUUGAAAAAGCUAUCCCUAAAGGCAAGCGUAAGCAAAAGCCAACAAAAGUUGCAGAGAAAAUCCCUGAGAAGAAGCAACACCUGAGGGAGGUCACUACUAUCUGCCUGCGUCCCCCUUGCAUCUCUCCAGCCCAAUCCCACAACCCCCCCUGCACUAAAGAAAAUAUUUCAUCCAGGAGAACAAAUAGAAGAAAAGAAGAAAAGCUGUUCCCUACUUCAUUUUCCCCACUGCCAGAUCCUCCGCAACACAGAAACAUCAGUGGCAAUAAUGGUCCCUUUAGUCAAGACAAAAACACUCUUGUUAUUGGACAGAUCACUUCUGCCAAACCUAAGCGGAGUGAAAGCAAAUUUUGUGCUACUUUCAAAGGGAUAUCUGUAAAUGAUGGAGACCCUCCAAAAAAGGCAGCCUCUGCCACUGUUACUGCCACCAACACUACUAUUGCCACUGCCACCACAACUGCCAUUGUCACUGCCCCUGUCAUGGCCACUGCCACUGCUUCAGCCACUACCACAAGCACUACCACUAUCAUUUCCACCACCACCUCUACCACCACUACUGGCCUAAUGGAUAGCAGUCAUCUGGAGAUGACAUCCUGGGCAGCCCUCCCACUUCUGUCCACCAGCAUCACCAGUGUCUGGAGACCCAAGCUCACUUUUGAUGACUCGGUUUGCAAUGCUGAUUAUUACAUGCAAGAGGCUAAGAAGCUGAAGCACAAAGCUGAUGCACUGCUUGAGAAAUUUGGCAAAGCUGUGAAUUAUGCUGAUGCAGCCCUGUCAUUCACUGAAUGUGGCAAUGCUAUGGAGUGCAACCCUCUGGAAGCAAAAUCUCCCUAUACUAUGUACUCUGAGACUGUGGAGCUCCUGAGGUAUGCAAUGAGACUUAAGAAUUUUGCAAGCCCCUUGGCUUCAGAUGGGGACAAAAAGCUGGCAGUAUUAUGCUACCGAUGUUUAUCUCUUCUCUACUUGAGGAUGUUUAAACUGAAGAAGGACCAUGCUAUGAAGUACUCCAGAUCACUAAUGGAAUAUUUUAAGCAAAAUGCUUCAAAAGUCACUCAGAUACCAUCUUCAUGGGUAGGCAAUGGAAAAAACACUCCAUCCUCAGUGUCUCUCAACAACGUCUCUUCCCUCAAUGCAAUGGGGAACUAUAACAAUGGCCCAGUCACAAUCCCCCAGCACAUUCACCAUAUGGCUGCCAGCCACGUCAACAUCACUAGCAACAUAUUACAGGGCUAUGAAAACUGGGACAUGGCCGACAAACUGACAAGAGAGAACAAAGAAUUCUUUGGUGAUCUGGACACAUUGAUGUGGCCUUUGACCCAGCACAGCAGCAUGACCAAUCUUGUCCACUAUGUUCGUCAGGGACUAUGUUGGCUGCGUAUCGAUGCCCACUUGUUGUAA